AUGGAGAAGGCUAUAGCUGCAGGCAACAGCCGCACCCUGAUUCAACUGAUCCGAUCAACGGGUCAAAAUAAGGCAGCGUCCUUCAGCGAUUCCUCUCACACUUCUGAAAAUUCCGGGUCAUCAGACUCACAGGCGAUGCAUCUGCAACUAACGGACUCUGAUUUGCGAUCACGAAUUCUCGAGGCAGCUCUAGACUACGUCCAGGAGUAUGGAUGGUCCCGCAAUGCUGUAGAAGCUGCCUGUGUAGCCGGUGGAUUUCCUCCUGGAAUGCACACAAUGGUCACCCCACAGGGGGGAGUUGAUUUAGUGCUGUACUUUUACGCAUCUCGCAAUCAGCAGUUGGCAGAUACUAUGGUAGAUUGGCGCACCUCAGAUUCUUCGUCCUCAUCAGCCAGCGUGGAUGAUGGUCUUCCACGGUUCUCGUCACCGGCGGAGAUGGACGCAUUCCUUUAUCGGGCACUGAAAUUCCGAUUAGAAAAGAUUACCCCUGUUCUACCUGUUUGGCCCCAAGCUUUGGGGUUACUAGCGCUGCCUUCCAAUAUGCCUUCGUCGAUUGGUUUGUUGGCCCAGCUGGUGGACGAAAUAUGGGCCCAAUGCGGUGACCGUACUACUGAUCUGAAGGCUGUGAGCAACAUGCUCAGGAGCGGACUACUCACUUUUGGAAAUGUGGAUCGUGAACCGGGAAUGCGAACGGUUCAAACUCGUAUCGUUAAUGGAAGAUCAGUUCAAGUCGCUGAUUUUAAUAUCCGGUCUAUAAUCCCCGAAGGAUGCAGAAAUCCGUACCCGACGCCUCAGCCGCAUCGAGCAGGACCCAUCAAUGACGGUGCAGGCCAUCACCUCAAAAUUCAACGAUUGCUUAACCUGAAGCAAGACACCGCGAUGGUCCAACUUGGGAGUCAUGGCGGUCCCGAAAUCAACAACCCAGGUCACCGAAAGUAUCUUACAGUCGCCGUCAAUGGUCAUCCAGUCCGUCUGCAGUUGGACACUGCGUCGGACAUUACCAUCAUUUCGGAGAAGCUUUGGCGCAAGCCCCGGCAACCUCCGAUCGGAGAAGCCGCUCGAACUGCUACCAGUGCCUGCGAUGGAGAGCUAAAACUUUCCGGUGAGCUCCAAUACAGUGUAUAUUCGUGUUAUGUACCGGCAGCUGAGCUGACCUUAUUGGAUCUUGAUUGGUUCGGUCGACUGGGGUUAGUCGACAUUCCAAUAAGCGUCAUUUGCAAUACAAUUCAGUCUCCUACGGCGUAUCCAACCAGGUCUACCUCAGUGCACUGUGACACUAGCAGUCCUCCACCUCCUGCGGGUGCUACGCCAGUCUUCCAUCCAAAAAAAGUCCCGUACGCCUCCCUUUCACUGGUAGAUGCCGAACUUCAACGGCUGGAACAACAAGGCGUUAUGUCCCCAUAUAUCCCACUCCCCCUGGGGAGCGCCGAUCGUCGUGGUGAAGGUACCAAAUGGUGA